GUAAGUCAACGUGAUGACUUCCUUACGCGACCUCCAUUGUCCAACCAAAUCAAGUUUCGUCAGACUUGCAAACUGGGGGUAAAAAGUUCUUUGAUGACUGAAUUCAUAUAAGUUGUAUUGAAUCCUUCCCCCAGAUCAUCCUUCGACUUUUUUGGUUUCUUUCCCUCUCCCUCUUUCUGCCACUCUUACCUCGUCACCGUCAGUUCAGACGAGCACAAAGAAAGUGGCCCUGGGACUAAAGGCUGCAUUGUCAACAAACCCAACUUGACUUAUUCUCACCCCCAAGUUAAAAUGCGUCUUCAUACUAGUAUUGCUUCCUUAGGGGCAGCACUCCUUCUCCCGCUUACCUCGGCCCAGUCUCCUGGAGGUACCGGAAGCAGCAAUGUCACAAGCAGUCUAGGACCUGAUGAGAAUGGCUUCUACUGGAUUUAUAGCGAAGGUCUCUCAGCCGCCUUCAUAACUUACGGUGCCUCUAUCGCCAAGCUUUUGGUUCACGACCAGUACGGAAUAGAAAGGGAUGUCGUAGCUGGGUUUGACAACGCGACUGCUUACCCAGACGAUAAAGCUCAUCCUCAUCUUGGUGGUGUGCCAGGCCGAUACGCAAAUCGGAUCCAAAAUAGCACCUUUGAGAUUGAUGGCCAGACUUAUCAUGUCGAUGCCAACGAGAACCCCACGGCAGAAGCUCCUAAUGGCGCCGACACUUUGCAUGGCGGUCACAAUGGCUGGGAUUUCCGAGACUUUCAAGUCGUUUCUCAUACCACUGACAGCAUUACCUUUUCUAUUGUUGACGCUGAUGGCGAGGAGGGUUUCCCGGGAGAGGUUAUCUCUUAUAUCACCUACACCCUCCACGACUCGACAUGGGACUUCAAGAUGGUGGCUAUUGCAACUACAAAGAAGACGCCCAUCAUGCUCAGCAGUCAUACUUACUGGAACUUGGACGGCUUUGCCAACAACGAGACCAACACUGUCUUGAACCACACCUUCUAUCUGCCCUACAGUGGCUCACGAAUCGGUGUUGACAACAUCCUGAUUCCCACGGGUGAUAUCGUGGCUAACAAGAAGGGAUCCGUAAACGAUUUCUGGAGUGCCCCGAAGCAACUCGGAGCUGACCUUCAUCAGCCGGAAGCUGAGGGCAACUGCGGUUUCAACUGCACCGGUUACGACACGUGCUAUACCGUCAACCGCGGCCAGAACGGCCCCUACGACUGGCGCGCCGACGGCGGCUUCGUCGCGCGCCUGCACUCGCCGUGGUCCGGCAUCCAGCUCGACGUGUAUACGGACCAGGACGCGUACCAGCUGUACUCGUGCAACGGGCAGAACGCGACGAUGCCGCUCAAGACGUCGCAGGGCCUCUUCGACAACGCCGACUUCCCCCGCACCAUCCCCCAGUACGGCUGCCUCGUCAUGGAGGUCGAGGACUGGAUCGACGCCAUCAACCACCCCGAGUGGCAGCGCGAGAGCAAGCAGAUCUUCGGCCCCGGGGGCGACCCUUACGUGCUUCAGGCUAGCUAUGUGUUCAGUGUUAAUGCUACGACGUCUUAGGGAGGCCCAUGCGGGGACUGUGGAGAUGGGGAUGGGUGUAGUAAGAGCACCAACAGCAGCAGUGGUAGUAGUAGUAAUGAUAAUAAACAAUCAUCCUCCUC